UGGGACCAAGGUUCAAGGGUUAAAAACACAUGACUGUCACAUUCUGUUGCAAAGAAUCUUACCAGCUGCCAUGAGAGGGUUUUUGGACAAUGAUAUCUAUGAAGCAAUAGCAGAGUUAGGGAAGUUUUUCAGAGAGUUGUGCAGCAAAACCCUGAACAAGGAUGUGUUGGCUAAAAUGAAGGAAGAGAUCCCAAUGAUUUGGGUGAAGCUUGAGAAAAUUUUCCCCCCGGCUUUCUUUGAUGUGAUGAUGCACCUAGCUGUUCAUUUACCUGAUGAGGCAUUGCUCCGAGGUCCUGUGCAAUAUGGGUGGAUGUACCCAAUUGAGAGACGGUUGUAUACUUUGAAGCGCUAUGUGAGGAAUAGGGCACGACCAAAAGGUUCAAUUGCCGAGGCAUAUAUUGCUGAUGAAUGCCUGACAUUUUGCUCUAAAUACAUGGAAGGUGUUGAAACAAGAUUUAAUCGGGAACCAAGAAAUAUAGGUUUUUGUAAUGAGGAGAACUAUGGUGUGGAUGUUUUUGGCCAUGGAGUUCAUUUUACUUCUGCACCUGAACUUGUAUACGAUGAGAAUGGCUUUGAUCGAAUGGUGUGGUAUGUGCUUCACAACUGUAGUCAAGUUGAGCAAUAUGUGGAAAUGUUCAGAGAUGAACUAAAUAGAGGAGUGCCUAACAUUGAAAGAAUUAUUGGACAAGGAUUUCAGAAUUGGUUCAGGAACCAUAUCUUUAGGUUGCGGAAUACUGAUCAAGAGAUAGAUGAAGAUCUCUUUUCCUUGGCUUGUGGUCCUGAUUUUAUAGUCAAGAAAUACUCUUCAUGCGUUGUGAAUGGUGUGCGGUUUAACACUGUUGAUCGUGACAAGAACAAGAAAACACAGAACAGUGGAGUUAUGGUACAAGGUGAACAUAAUGGUCAGGUCAUUGAUUUCUUUGGAAUCUUGAAAGAGAUAAUUCAGUUACUCUAUAUUGGCGAUGAGAGAUACUAAGGAGGGGGCGAAUUGGCACGUUGUCCAGACAUUUGACCAUAGGCAUCUUUAUAAUGUAAAAGAAACUGAGGGCGGCAGCUUUAGUUCUCCUGCAUAUCAAGAGAAUGAGUGCUUUGAAGAGGAUGGUACACAACACCCAAUUUCAGACAAAACUUGUGAUACACCUCUAAAUAGAGAUGAUGAACAAGGCGCUAGGUUUGAAGCUGCUGAAAUUUCUAGGUUGGUGAUGGAAAGAAACCGAGAAGUGCAUGAGAUAGAUGGCGAAGACGAAGACGAUGACACAUUGUUGGAGUACUGCAGCGAUGAUGAAGGAGGUGCUGCACUGGAGGUUGACAGUGAUGAUGAAUAGCUACUUGUUCAGUUUGCAAUUAUCUAGUGUAUGAA